GUAAAGGUAUGACUUGACCUACUUGAUAAUCCCUAACAGCUGAUAAGAAAGACCACCUCGGCAUACCAGAAGUGUAGACCAUAUAGUUGGAAAAGUCAUGCCUUCCCAACAUGAACCUGUAUACCAGUUUGUGAACUGUCGCUUGUUACGUGAUCACAAGCUUAUUACAGACAGUCUCUGGGUUAGGGCUGGAAAAAUCAUCAACCCAGAAAAACUGUUUUAUGACGAGAAAGCUGCAGCUGAUAAACAAAUAGACUGUGGUGGUAGAGUUAUCUCCCCUGGGUUUAUUGACGUACAAAUAAAUGGUGCAUUUGGUGUUGAUUUCUCUGCCAACACAACUGAUAUUGAGAAGGGGGUGGAAAAGGUAGCCAAAGGUCUGUUGCAGCAUGGAGUGACAUCCUUUUGUCCCACUCUGGUCACUAGCUCGCAACAAACAUAUUCACAGAUAUUACCAAAGAUCAGAAAAAGUAAUGGUGGAAAAAAUGGUGCUGGAGUUUUAGGCCUACAUCUAGAGGGACCCUUCAUUAAUAAGGAGAAGAAAGGUGCUCAUGAUGAAACGUUGAUCAGAGAAUUCACAAAUGGAUUUCCUGAUCUGCUUCAGAUGUAUGGUACUCUGGAGAACACAGCUAUCGUCACACUGGCCCCGGAAUAUGAAAGGUCAGAUGAGGUCAUCCAGGAGUUAGUCCGAAGAGGAAUCAUUGUGUCUGUUGGUCAUUCCACUUCCAACCUGAUCCAGGGGGAGACGGCUGUACACAAUGGAGCAUCCUUCAUUACACACCUGUUCAACGCCAUGCUGCCAUUUCAUCAUCGGGACCCUCACCUGAUUGGUCUACUUACCAGUAAAAUGAUCCCGCCUAACAGGAAGGUGUACUAUGGUCUUAUUGCUGAUGGUAUCCACACACACCCUGCUGCACUUCGUAUUGCCCACCGAGUGGAUCCCCAAGGCCUUGUACUGGUAACAGAUGCCAUACCAGCCAUGGGGCUGUUGGCAGGGAAACACAACAUUGGAUCACAGAUGGUUGAGAUUAAGGAUAAGCGUGCUGUAAUAGCAGGCACCAAUACUCUAUGUGGAAGUAUUGUGACGAUGGACAAGUGUGUUCGCCAUUUAGCAAAAUCAACAGAUUGUGGCUCUGUCCUGGCCUUGGAAUCGGCCUCUCUACAUCCUGCACAGCUGCUUGGAAUAACGGACAGAAAGGGGACUUUAGGGUACGAUACAGAUGCUGAUUUUAUUAUGGUUGACGACUUGUUAAAUGUUCAUUCAACAUAUAUCGCUGGAGAGCUCGUCUGGAAAAGCAGUGACAUAAAGACUUGAAAAUCUCUUUAAUUUCCAUUGAUAAAUUGCAGGAGCCAGUAAAUCUGGGCCGUGUAUUUAAUCUUUUCCUACAAGAUUUAAUGUUUAAACAUCUGUAAUUCAUUACAAAGGAAAUUGUUUGUCCUUUGUUUAUAUUUCAUAUUCAAAAAUGUUCUUUUACAAAAGUUUAAAUAUGUUUUUGUGAUUGACCUAUGUAUGUAAGUUCUGUGUAUAGGACAGGGGCUAGUUUGUAUUUGACAUAGAUCAGAUUACUAGAAUUGUGAUGUAAUGAACUCCUUGAUGAUAAUUGACCUGUAGUAUAAAUGGAAGGAAUUUUUUCAGGAUGAUCAGAUAAUUUGAUGAGAUGUUCUGAAAAAAUGGUUUAAUAAUCAGUGAAUACAAGCCUAGUUUUGAUCAAUCGUCAUGGUUUCUGAUAGUGGAUGUUGAAUUACAUCAUGUGAAGAUUUCUUUAAGAUUUACUGAAGGGAUUUUUAUGGGAAAUGACAUCAUUGGUUCAGGGUUUGAAAAGCAGGUUUUCAUCUUGAAAAGAUAUUAAAGUGAUGAAUUUAAAUUCGAGCAUCCAUGUUGUGUUCCCAUUUUUUUAGCCAGUGGUGCAUGAUGUGCUUGUGAGCUGUACAAACGAGAGUCAUGAUAUUUGAUCUGAAGUAACUAGUUACCAAAUUUCGUCAUUUAUUUAUUGACCUUGAAAGGUCACACAGGAUAAAUGUACAAAUCAAACAAGAAUUCAAACAAUUAAAUUUGAUUUGUUGGGUGAGAUAACCUGAAGUUGAUGGUCCUAAAUGUAGAAUUGAACAAUGUGCUAGGCUUUAUUACUACUAGUCUGUUUUUUCAGGGAAUUCGCCAAAUCAAUAUGUUCAUGUCUUUUUUUAAAUGUACUCUGGAGUGAUUUUUAUUGGCUGUGUCAGUCAGAAUUUGAUCUUGAGGUCAUAGUACGGCUAUGACGCAACAUAAUUACUGCCUAUUUUUGAUUACAUUCUCCACAUUUCUACCUCUAAACUUAUCAAAAUGUAACUUUCCUGAAUUAUGUGAUCAAAAGUAUCCUUAAUUUGUUUUCCUUUCAUUUGGGAUUUUAUGAAACUAGUCUUUUAUAAGAUUUUAUCGUACAACUGGCACUGCCAUUGUCGGAAUACACAUGCCACAUAUAUUCAUGCUGUAUUCGGCUGUGAUAGAAAACAGCUGUAUUUUAACAAACUUUGACAGAAUUAAUCCGUCAUAUCUGUAUAAGUUUAGAACUAUACUUCUGCACGGAACGAUUAUUUUGGCAUACGUCAUCAGGCAAAAUUCAGCGUCAGGAAAACAAUUCUCAAACAAAAACCGUUUAAGUGUUGAUGGGCUGAUUGGCAAUCAAUGUUGCAGGAUAAAUAAAAUGCUUGGUCAGUGUUUCAUA